UGUAAAAGAAAGAUGAAUCUAAUUCAAUUGAAUCUGAUAAUCUCAAUUUAAAAUAUUCUUCACUACAUGGAAAGCAGGGUUUGUGUGAGCACUUGAAAACUAUGCAUAUUUACUGCUGAAGUUUUGGGAUAAACCUUCAAAAGGACAACUUAUAAUAAGAGUGUACAGGUGACAAACAGCUAUCUUCCAUGUGCAGAAUAUCUUCAUUUAUCGUCACACAAUGGUUAUAAAAAAAAGGUGUGAACAUUAAAAUCAGAGUGGCUGGAGAACAUGUCAAAUCUAUAACACGUUUUCUACAACUUGACCUUGGAGCUUAUUUUCAAAUAACUAUGGCCAGUGCCUCUUCCACUCCAUUUAGUAGUAGUAUUUCACCUGGACCCCGCAAACAUGGCUUCAGCCGGCUUUCUCUGGGACGAAUUUUUAACAGCAAUCCAUUUGGUCGUCGUGGAACUGGGCGGCAUCGACCAGUUCAGACAGAAACUGACAGUCGUUCAGAAAUCAGUAUUGUGGGUGCUCACCCUCUUAACAGAAAUCAGGAUUCAUUAAGUAUUAAAGGGGCCUACAGGCUUUCAGCAGUUGGUCAGUCUUCAGACUCAGAAUCUAACUCCUUGUCUAGUGCACGGAGUGAGGUGGUUCCAGAUUCUACCCAGGAUAGAGGGAUGGAUCGGCUAGAAUGCCCCUUCUGUCUAUUGGAGCUACCAGUCCAGUGCUUCCCAGAGUUAAGCUCAUGCUCACAUCGUGCCUGCUAUAACUGCUUGCAAACAUAUUUCAAAAUUGAGAUUUCUGAAAGCAGAGUAAACAUCUCAUGUCCAGAGUGCACUGAGCCUCUUCAUCCAAAUGACAUUCGAAUGAUCCUGAACGAUGAAAUUGUUAUAGCAAAAUAUGAAGAUUUCAUGAUUCGGCGGGUUUUAGUGACUGAACCAGAUGCUAGAUGGUGUCCUGCUCCUGACUGUGGGUAUGUUGUCAUAGCUACUGGGUGUGCAAGCUGCCCUAAGUUGAAGUGUGAUCGACCUGGUUGUGAUACCUACUUUUGUUACCAUUGUAAGCAAGAGUGGCAUCCCAACCAGACUUGUGAUGCUGCACGAGCUCAAAGAGCUCGCCAUUCUCCUCACCCACGCUCUGCUUCGGUGUCUUUCAGCCAAGACUCAAUUAUUCAAAAAGAAGACAUAAAGCUGUGCCCUUGCUGUAAGGUAUUAAUCGUCAAGAUGGAUGAUGGUUCAUGCAACCACAUGACAUGCAGUGUUUGUGGUACGGAGUUUUGUUGGCUGUGUAUGAAUGAGAUAACAGAUCUGCAUUACCUGAGUCCAUCAGGCUGUACAUUUUGGGGCAAAAAGCCAUGGAGUCGAAAGAAGAAAAUCUUGUGGCAGUUGGGAAUGCUGGUGGGUGCCCCUGUGGGAAUUGCCUUGAUAGCUGGUAUUGCUGUUCCUGCCAUUAUUAUUGGUAUUCCUGUAUGGGUAGGAAGGAAGCUCCAUCGAUACCACACCAGCAAAAAUAAUGGUAAACACAAAAGAAAUCUAGCUGUUACCACUGGAGUAAUGGCCUCAAUAAUAGUGUCUCCUGUAUUGGCAGGGAUUGCUGUUGGUAUUGGUGUACCCAUCUUACUGGCUUACGUGUAUGGAGUAGUUCCUAUAUCUCUCUGUCGUUCUGGAGGCUGUGGUGUAACAACAUCAGCAUCUGGAGUGAGAAUUGAAUUUGAUGAAGAAAAUGAUCUUGGUGUUGCAGCAGAUGGAAUGAGUGUAGACACAGCAGCCAGCCAUAGAGGAGUAAACCCUAGUAUUGGAGAAGUUUCUUUUGGCAUGUCUACCAGCAUUAGUAUGGGAAGUGGGAGCCAUCUGGAGAGGGUGGGAUUAAUACGGGAUAGUGACAGGGAGAGUGCCAGUAACACUGCUCUUGCUGGUAGCAUAGCCAGUGCCUCUUUAGCAGCAGCCCAGAAAUUAGAAGUUCAAGCAGAUAUUUCCUCCAACAAACGACUUAGUUUAAGUAGUCACAGUGAAACAGCUUCAGCUACGUUAAGCCUUAGUGAACGAUCUGCAAACUUCUCUCUUACUGAUGAUGCAAGUACAAAAGCUCUUGCAGGAUCUCUUCUUGGUUACAGAGAUACAGUGGAGGUUCAUGUUGAUGCUCAGAGUAUGUCUGAGGACACCUCUCUCUCCCAUGCAAUACCAAAAGUAGGAGGAGAUACUACUGAUGUAACAUCAUGUGAACCAAAUAAUGUUGGUUCUGUGAAAACAGAUGACUCUUGUAAUUCUUGCUGUUGUAGUGAGGAUGGAGCCUCCCACAGCAGUUCCAGGAGUUUUGGGGGACACAGAUCUCGGUUGUGGAGGACAUCUGGACGACGACAACAGGGGGGAGUGAGCACUGCUAUUGUAUCUUCCAGUAUCCCAGAACUUAAGCAAUCAAAGACUCAAAGAGACUUGAGAGAAUAUUGUGUCAGUUUUAUUGAUGAAAGUCCUGGCAUAACUGAGGAGUCAGGAGUAAGAAUACCUGUUGAUGAUGGAAAGGGUGUAAGGCCCAAAUCUUUAGUUUCAUCAAGAAGUUGUAGUAUUGUCCAUUCUCUUGAAGCAACUGACCAGCUCUGUUGCUGUGAACUGAAGAAACUUCCCACAACUUGGGAUGAUUAUCACCUUAAAACUAGACAGAGUUCUAAGCUUAAUUCCUCAUGCAAAAACAAUCCAAAAUCUUUUCCAGAAACUCACAUACUUACUUGUAUUGAACCACAAUGUGCCAAAAUAAAACCUCAAAAAAAGGUAGAUGAAUAUAAUGAUACAGCUGCUAACUCUAAUCACAAAAUAUGUGACAAUUUUAAUGAUAGAACAUCCAGAGGCCUUUUUAGAAAAUGUAGUGAUCAGUCUAUAGUAGUUCUACCACAUAUUGAGGAGCCAGAAAAUAAUGUCAAGAAGAACUGCCCUACUCGGCCACGUAGUGCCCCUUAUUCAUUGCUGUGGCAAGAAAGUUCUCCAGUGAAAGGUGGUGAUGAUUUUAGUUAAAUUCAGAUAUGUAAGUAAAAGGCAAAGAAAUUAUUGUUGCUUGUUUUGUAAGAACAGUUGUUUAAGAACACUGUGAUUGUGGAUUUCUUAACUUUAUAAAUCAAGGACUGAAGAGUGACAUGUGUUUAAGGGUAAGUAUACUAGAAUAUAAACUAUGAAAUUUUUCCUGGAAGCACUUCCAGAAAAUACCUGUAGAAGAGAACUUUGUAUACUUUAAAGAUUUAGAUCAAAAUAUCAUUAAAGGUUGACAACUUCAAAAAAAGUAUUCUCUUCAUGUAACUUUGUAUGUAACAGUCUGUGAAUAUAUAUAUAUUCAAAGUGGUCUUGUCUAUUUACCAUAGUCAGUUAUCUAACUUUUUCCAAGCAGGCAUUUCUGAAACUGCAUGGUUUCAAUAUUAUGUGUUAACUGUGAGGCAUAAUUACAGAGUUUGCUUUAUUAUUCAUGAGUAUGCAAAACCCCAGUCCAUGCGACACAUUAUGACUAACUUAUUUUCAUUUUAAAUAUAAAAAAAACAGCUGUAGAAGUGUGAAGUUAUAUAAUAUACAGCUUACUUUUUAGAUUCUUUGCGUUUCAGUGGAAGUAAAAGAUAAGUCUUAAUGAAAGUUUCGUGAUGAUGUUCCACUUUUAAAUGGAAGUGUAGUACACUGAAUGGUAAAACAAGGCUUUCUAACCAACUAUAGAACCAGUUCUCAGUGUUAUUAAAGUGAAGUAUUAAUAGCAUCCACCUCAGUUUUACAAAAAAUAAGAUAGAGACACUAUUAAUAUAAAUCAAGACCUCUCAAUAUUAACAACCAACGCCACUGCUGGCUAACCAAAAAAAGUAAGUUAGGUCAUUAUUUUCCAUAGUGAAGAGUUACAUAAGUUAAACCUCUUGCUUGUUAUUGUUUGUUUUGUUUCAAAGUGUAGUGACCAGAUUUUAACAUGUAAAAUAGUCUUACUUCCAGUUAAUCACAAAAUCAUACUUGGCUGCAUUCUUUGAAUUCGGAAUAAAUGUAAUUAUUAAUAUGACUAAAUAGUUUUUGCAUGUUUUAUAUACAUUGAAUCAUCUAUCUCUUGUUAUUUAUGUGAUAACAUACAACUUGUUGGGUAAUGUUAAAAUUUUAUCUACACAAUACCAAAAGGAAUAAACAAAAUGUUUUUAACAGACAUUAUCUUUAUACAUACAUAUAUUUAAUAAAACUCCAAAGUUGUAAUAUGGUGGUAAAAUAAUUUUAAUUGUAGAAAACUUCCCUACCACUGGUAGUAUGAAAUUAAAACAAAUGUCAAGUAACAUAGUUAUUGGGGGGGCUUUAUUCUCAAAAUGAAGAAAAUAUAUAUAAUCCAAUGUUUCCUCCAGUAGUACUGCUGAUAAUAUAGUAGUUAUUGUAUUACUAGCCCUGAUGAACCCACAAAGGUGAAACAAUGGCUAAAAUAAAGUUUUUGUAUUAUCUGGAGAGUAGAGGUCUUUUCUUUUUCUCUCAUUUUAUUGCCAAAAUGUCUAAAUCCCUCCAGUAAAAACUACAAAUUCUAACUAAAUAGAACUUGUUAAAAAUACUCCAUUUACCAGCCAUAUUGUAACUUUAAUCUAUCUACUAAAUAAAAAGCCAAGUAACGUAGUUGCAACAAACAGAACUUGUUAUAAGCCUUCCCACUUAACACUAUUAUUCACUGAUAUAAUAAUAAAACAAGAGAAAUGACUUCAUCAAAGGUAAAAUUGAAAAUAUAAUCUUAGAACUUAAAAAUCUCUUACAUAUGACAUGCACAUUAUAAUAGGCUUAACCAAAUAUCUUUAGUUUGCUGACCCAAGCUGUGCUGUUGAGCUUUGAAUAGGUAAAUCAGGGAAUACAUUAGACCUCUGUCAUAGAUUAUAUUUUUAAUUGUACCUUUGGUGAAAUCAAAAAGAAAUUGUAAUAUAAUUAUUAAACAGUUGGUCUGCUGUGUAAUAUCAAAUAAUAAAUUAGAGACAAUUAUUCACACACACAAAUUAAUUUAGGUUACUAUACAGUUAAAAAGGACUUGAAAACCUCAUACGUAACAAGUGACUUAACUGAACCAAAUACAAUGUAUUGAAACUUCUCUACUUAUUGACGUAACCUUAAUGUAAUCUGCUGAUAAUAUAGUAAAUAGAUGUCAAAUUACAUGUAAAUUUGCAAUUAAACUGACUUGGUAUAAAAUCUCAGUGUAUUUAGGAGCUAGAUAGUUAUUUCUCCUUCAUAUCUGCAUGACUUGGUACCAUGAUGAAAGCCAGAAGUUCACUACAUUCCUGUAAACCUAUCAUUGUUCUGUAAAUAUAGAAAGAAAGCAUUGUGUAACAAAAGACUGAAUUGUCCUUGAUACUUUUUAAUAUAUAUAUAUAUAUAUUCUUGGGAUAGUUUACUAAAUAUAUGUGAAACUUCAGAAUUUUUUUCAGUAGCUGUAACGUUGUAGUCAAAAUAACAGUUUGAUUUCUAAGAAUGUUUUGUAUUAGAUAAUACAUUUCAUUAAGCAAAAUGCAGGCUUGGAAUAAGACUUGUUCAACUGUAGUGACAAAGUUUGUUCAGUAAUUUAUCAAUUUAUCAUUCCACAAAAGUUAUUUAAAUUUGUUUUUAAUUAUUUCAUAAGUGAUCAUAGCAAUUUACCCUGUACCUUAUAAAUCUAAUGUAACUAUCCAUAUAAGAAGAAAACCUAUUUUUUUAGAUUUAAGUGUUUCUAAAAAGCUGUUUGUAAAACAUUGCUUUCUUCAGUCAAUUUUUCAUAAAAUGUAAGGUUAGUGAUGGCUUCUUCUGUGUGACUCACAGAUAGCUGUUAGUUUUGUAAAACUGGAGUAUCUGUGUUUUUUUCUUUUCACGGGCUACCUAAUUGUCUUGAAAUUAAUGGCCACCAGCUGGCAAAAUGAUCCUUAAGGGGCACUAGGAUUUUGUUUGCCAGUUAACAAACCAACCAUGAUUAUGAAGCUUCAAACCAGUAGUAAAGAAAAAAAAGUUAACAAGUACAUGUUUAAUAAAAACCACAAGACAAUUGAUGAAAGGCCUUUUUUAAGUUUAACACCUGCCACACGAGCCAGCCCAGCAUAUUGAUGUGGAUAUAAAAAAUUACUCAUUUUGAAAAGAUUUGGGUUGUUUUUAUUAGACAAAAAGAUGAAGUUUGGCACUAUUUUUUAAGGUCUACGUCAUUGGAUCAGACAAGUGACUAUGAGAGUCAACAUGGUGAAGUUAUCUUGUAAAGUGAAAUGAUGUAGCAUUGAAACAUACUUGAAAUGUUCUAGAUGUAGUUGUGAAUAUGGUGGCUUAAGUGUAGCGAUUAAGCUAAACAGUAGGUCCAAGUUGGAUGAGGAAAGAACUUGUUCGAAUCUAUCCCAGCUGAAUCGGAGAGUUGUCAAUUCACUACUGCAAUGACCGUGAAACAUAAAAACCAGGCAAAAAAGUAUUGUUAUCUUCAAAAGGGGAGAUUGGAAUCAUAUAUAACAAAUCAUUCAUUUCAAUAUUUUGUGAAACUAAUGGUACAAUAAAGCCUAAAGAUGCAGUGUUGAAAUUCAAGCAGCUGCUCGAUGCAUUACAAGAUGAUUUCCCUAGCAAUUCUCAAAUUUAAAAUGCCAUUUCUGCAGUAAGGAAGACAGUAUAAUGCCCACCAUAGUAUAAUCCAUAUAGAUUUCAUCAUUUAUUUUAAUUAGUAUUUAGUUUUCAUUACAUAAAUUAUGCUGUGCUUCAUUCAUUGAGAUCUAUCAAAAUAAUUUUCCUGCUGAUCAUCCUAGGCUCAGUAUAAAAAAGAUGAUGGGCCUGCUUGUGUGAAAAGUGUUAAAAUAGCAGUGUUUUUUAGUCUUUUUUUUUCAUUUAAUAUUGGGAAAUAAUUAUUGCAGACAUAAUCUGAAAUUUGAUACUACAGUAAGAAAUAUGACAGUUCUUAAAAAUUCACACCUGAUUAUAUAUCUGUGAAUCCCUUUUUUUUCUUCUGAUACUUUUAUAAGUAACUGGCAAACAAGUUACCCUUAGUCCCUAUCACUUUAUUAAAGCUAUACACUUGAUUUUUAUCUAGUGGAUGUAAAGUUAAUACUGUAGUUAUCAUAGAAUAAAUUACAAUAAUCCCUUUUAAAAAUUUUGGUUAGUCUAUUACUGACCAUUAUUUUUUGGUCUGAUGUUGUAGGGACAUUUGAACAGGAUUAUUUGCUUUUUCUUUCUUAACAUGAAUUGUUAUAUUAAAUAAGUUUACCUUCCAGAUAGUGAGACGAUUAUGUCCAAUAUCAUUUUGUACCUUUUAUGUACUUAUUUGUGGUGGGAAAAAUUCGCAUCCAAGUAUGCUUGGUGUUAGAUACCAAGUCCUAUAAAUGUGCACAUUGUCGUGUCUAGAAAUUGAAUAGCGAUUGAUCUUUUACUUAGUUAUUGGUUGGGACUUAUGCUUCAUGUUAACAUGUUCAUUGCUAUUAUUCUUGGUGGUCUAUGUUUUGAUACUACAUUAAUACUUUAUUAAUAGGCUAAUUUGUCAUCCCAGUUUACACUGCUACAUUAUAUGUGUCAUCAUAAUACAUGAGAUUAUUUUGUUGUUGUUGCUGUUAGGACAUCAGCAAUUGUUAAGCUAGCCUCACAAGCAGUUAUAACUGGUGUUGGAGAUUGUACCUAAGCUCAGACACCCAUGAAAGGUUAAGUAAAGUGAAUACUUUGACUCUUAAGCUUCUGUAUAACAGUACACUAAUUAAUUUAACAGCAUUACAGAAUUGUUUUUAUAAUAUAAACUCACUAAAAAGUUGAACCUAACUUUUGUGCUAAAAAAUAUGUAGGCAUUAAAAUGUUUAUCUUCAGUAGUGAAUAUUGUAUUAGUGGGUUCAUUUUGUUAUUGAGGACUAAAGAAGAAAUAAUUUAUGUUCAUAGCAUACAUAAAAAAAAAGGAAGGAAUAUGAGGUUUUUACUUUCUGUAAUACAUGGAAACAGAAUUUUCUAAGCUGUAUUUUAUUAAGAUGAUUGUAAUGACCUGAUAAAAAAAAAAA